AUCGCGGCUAGGCCAAGAUUUUGCGGCGCUCGCUUUCUUGUUGAGGUUGCUGCAACGAGUAACGUUGACAAUAACGUACGUUAGAAUCAACACAUCACGAUUAUAGAAUUUCUGCUUCAGCUUUUCAAUUCAUUUAUUUGCGACGGGACUUUUUUUUCUUACGAAGGGUAGUUUGCUGUUGUUUUUGCUACAGAGUGACGAAAGGGAAAGGUUGGGACGAGACGACAGAAAGAAGACGAUAUGUCGAAACGCACCUCUGCUGGCGCGAAGGCUGCGAAAACUGAAGAUGUAGUCGACAAGCAAACGACCCUCCUCAGCUCAGAAACCGGCCACUUCAGCCUCGUCCGCGCCCUGCACCUCGCCGAUCUAAUCACCGAGCUCAACGGCAUGUGCGGCGUCAUGUCCAUCUUCUCCUCCAUGCGGUACAUGGCCGGUUCUCCCGGCGAGCUGGGGAAUCUGUGGGCUGCGCUGGCGCUGAUGCCGCUGGGCUUGUUUUUCGACUUCUUUGAUGGGAAGGUCGCGAGGUGGAGGAGGAAGAGUAGUUUGAUGGGGCAGGAGUUGGAUUCUUUGGCUGAUUUGAUAUCCUUCGGCGUCGCCCCCGCCGCCGCCGCCUUCGCAAUCGGCUUCCGCACCCCCCUCGACCACUUCAUCCUCGCCUUCUUCGUGCUCUGCGGCCUCACGCGCCUCGCGCGCUUCAACGUCACCGUCGCCAACGUCCCCAAAGACGCGACUGGCAAGUCCCAGUACUUCGAGGGCACGCCGAUCCCGACCACCUUGUCGAUUGUCGGGUUGAUGGCGUACUGGGUGGGACAGGGGUGGCUGCAUGGGGAGUUGCCGUUUGGGACGGUGUUGGAAGGGUCGGCGAUGGAGUUUCAUCCGGUGUUGGGGCUGUUUGUGAUUAGUGGGUGUCUGAUGACGAGUAAGUCUAUACAUAUCCCGAAGCCGUAGAUGGCCGGAGCGGAGGGGAUGGGGAGGAGUGAGAAGGGGGGGGGGGGCUUUUUAACAAGGCCGUAUAUCACAUAGAAGUGUGUGGUGUAUUUGACUUCCAUGGGGGGUCUCACGAGAAAGCCGGUUGGAGAGCAAUAAAUACAAUAGGAGCGGUUAGGGACUGGAAUAUAUGAAAUGAUUGUUAAAGCA